GCAAAGAACAUUUAGAUUUUUCAAAGGAUUUGCCCCUUCUUUGAUAUAAAGUAGAAAAGAAAAAAAAAAAAAAACUUUGCUUCUGUUCAUGGUUUUGGUAGCAAGUAUUCUCUCUUUCUAUUCUAUAAACAAGCAACAGAAUCCAAGAUUGUGGCGCCAACCAAAGCCCAUAUUCGAGAGUAUUUGUUUGGUUUCUCGUUGAAUUUAGAUGCAUGAUUUGGUCAUUGCCAGUUUUGGCCCCAUUCCCCGACAUUAUUCCCCUUUUCUGACUUUCCUUCAUGCAGUUGCAGUAGCACCAUUUCCUUUUCUGUGAAUUUGCUAAUGAAAAUGGAAGGAGAUACACUUGCAGACAAGUAAGAGUCCCUGUUCCCCCAAUAAGACUUGGUUCAAAAGGGUCUAAAUUGACGUCCACCACUACCAUUUAAGCUCACGUGAAGUGAAACCCUUUUCAGCUUACCUUCACAACACACCAAAACCAAGCUUCCCUCUCAUCAUCUCUUAUAAGAACCUUCACCAGGAACUGAUAAACCCCACUUUCUUUUUAUAUGCUAUUGUUUUUUUUUUUUAAUUUUGCCCCUCUCUUUUCUUCGUCUAGCUUUUUAACUUCACUAUCAUUUCUCUGAAAAAUGACCCUUCUUUCUUCCGAUCAAUCUCCUUCUUGUCAUGUCUUUAAGUCAUGUCUACCCUUUCUUUUUGUAGCCUUGUUGUUUCAGUUUCAAACUGGUUUCUCUGCUUUGAUAAUGAGCUUGAAGAACCAUCCUGGCCACCCUCAACAUCGAAGGCCAAUGUUCCAAACGAACCAAAGCACUUGUGCAUUGUUUGUAGGCACUUGGGUUCGCGAUGAUAGUUACCCAUUGUACCAAUAUUCCAACUGUCCAAUCAUAGAUGCAGAAUUCAACUGCCAACUGUAUGGAAGACCUGAUUCUGAUUACCUCAAAUAUCGAUGGCAGCCUCUCAAUUGUGUGCUUCCAAGGUUCGAUGGACUUGUGUUUCUAUCGAAAAUGAGAGGGAAAAACGUGAUGUUUGUUGGUGAUUCUCUGGGAAGGAAUCAAUGGGAGUCUCUGAUUUGUAUGAUUUCAGCUUCAACACCCAAAAUGCAGACUCAGAUGAUCAGAGGAGACCCUCUCUCCACCUUCAGGUUCCUUGAAUAUGGUUUAUCCAUAUCAUUUUACAGGGCUCCAUAUUUGGUGGACAUAGACGUGGUACAAGGGACUAGAAUUCUCAAGUUAGAGGGAAUAGAUGAAAAUGGGAACGCCUGGAGAAUGGCAGACUUGCUGGUAUUUAACACAGGCCAUUGGUGGACUCAUAAAGGAUCUCUCCAAGGGUGGGAUUUAAUUGAGUCAGGGGGAAAAUAUUACAAGGACAUGGAUCGUUUGGUUGCAAUGGAGAAAGGGUUGAGAACAUGGUCAAAUUGGGUGGACACCUAUGUCGACAGAACUAGAACCAGAGUCUUUUUCCAGUCUAUUUCCCCCACGCAUUACGAUCCGAGUGAAUGGGGUACCGGAGCAACUGCGACCGUAACGAAAAACUGUUACGGAGAAACAGCACCGAUGACCGGAACUACGUAUCCUGGCACAUACCCUGACCAGAUGAGAGUGGUGGACGAAGUCAUUAGAGAAAUGCACGUCCCUACAUAUUUGUUGGACAUAACAAUGCUGUCUGAGCUUAGGAAAGAUGGGCACCCUUCAAUCUACAGUGGUGACUUAAGCCCUACUCAGAGGGCUAACCCAGACCGCACAGCUGAUUGUAGCCAUUGGUGCCUCCCUGGAUUGCCUGAUACUUGGAAUCAACUCUUUUAUACUGUCUUGUUCUAUUAAGUUGUAUGUGCUUUUACUUCAUUCUAUAAUUAGUUACUAAUUUUGAUAGGUUUGCAGAGGGUGCAAAACUGCACUUUACUAAUAUUGUGUCUUAAUAAAUGAUAUAAUCAUAUGGUUCUUUCAAGUCAAAUAUGAUAUUAUCUUCAAGAAUUAGACCGAUUCAAUGCCCGAUUCAUCUAGUAGGGACAACAUGUUUCUUCUCAAAUUAUUGCUUAGUUCCAAGUUAUCUAACAUUGCAGUCGUUAGAGGGCAAGAUUUUUGUAAAGCGGAAGAACUGAAGCAUUUUUGCAAUUACACCAACAAAAGGGAAGAUUCUCAUUCAUGAUUAACUUCCACUACAAAAUAUUGAUUACACACUUAACACAAAGAACCAAUAGGUUGAUGAUAACAAAAGAUGAUGCAACGAUCACAGAAUCUCUUAGUACUCGUAAAUAUCACCUAUAUUAUACAACAAUGUAUUCGGAAGUUUGAUGGACAUGCCACAUCUCCUACGCAUUUUAUUAAAUACUUCAUACAUUUGGACAUGCCACAGCUCCUACUCAUUUUAUUAAAUAAUUCAUACAUUCUGUUGACUUCCAGUAGGCAGGCAUUAACUCUUUAUGGCAACUCCAGGAAAGUCCAUCCGUG